AACAGUUCUGCCGGUGACAGGAAGCUGGUAUUCUUCCAUUUCGCACGGUUCGGAGAAGAACUUUGACCGCGAAUCGGCUUAGGUAGAUCCAUUCACUGUAGCAGCCCCUGUGGUGUAAGAGAUAGACUGUAGUUAAGGGUGGAGCCGUCUUAAUCCGGUUUACUUUGUCUGUCAAUACCGGAAAAUUACCGUUAAUACCUUACCGAGACUCGUGCGUCACCAUUGGAGACUCAGUACGCCUUGAAGACUAGAGGCUGCCAGGCUGUGGCUUCAGGAGGAGUACCUACAAUUGCAGUGGUCGUCAUUUCUGGAUAAACCCCACUUUGACAGAGACUGUUGUGCGUCCACCCAAAAGGGGGAGGUUAAAACCAAACCCGUUGGAUUAAUCGGAGUCGGUGAAUUUGGAGCUAGUUUCGUCGCGGUCCGUGUGAGGGGAUGGAGCUGAGGCUGGACCUACUGGUGACAUUCCUCACGACUCUAACAUGUGUCAGCGGCUGGUACGACAACAGAGUCACGGGUAACCAGAGAGGCCUGAGUCCAGCACAGAUCCAAACCAUCCUGGACGCUCACAACAGAUACAGGUCGUACGUCUACCCUGCUGCCGCCAACAUGAAGAAAAUGGAAUGGGAUCACUUGUUAUCACAGAUGGCCCAGGCCUGGGCGGACGGAUGUAGGUUUCAGAAAGGCAUCGUGACGACCAUCCAACACCCUUACACUAGCGGGAACCUGGGCCAGAACAUGGGCAUGGUGCUACAGAACUUCAAACCGGUGGAACAGUUAGUAUCAGACUGGCACAAGGAGGGCAGAUACUACAUCUAUGAGACAGGGGAGUGCAUGCAGAGACGACCCUUCACGUGUGACGAGUACACACAGAUGGUGUGGGCAGACACGACGAAGCUGGGCUGUGGUUGGACACAGUGCAGUGACAUGGGCGGCAUUCCUGCUGACUUCCUGGUCUGCUACUAUUCACCGGGGGGAAACUUCCAGCUCCACGGGCGGACGCUGCCACCAUACACCCGGGGGGAGCCCUGCUCAGGGUGCGCCUCAGACGAGAAGUGUGAGGGAGGGACUCUGUGUGGCCUGUGUGUAGUGAAAGCCCCUCCGGUGGCGGAGCUGGCGGUGCGCCGGCCGUACGAAAUGCUGAACACGAACGGACACCAGAGCAGGUUCGCCACCAACGGGAUAGUCCGGAACGGCAUGAUGAACGACCCGUACUACACCACCACGCGGAAACGGAAGGCCCUCCGGAGGAUUCCCAAGAAACAGAACGUGAUCCGACCGUUCCGCUGCUGGGACGGCCGCCUCACCAUCCCGCACCACUACAUCUGUGACGGGGACCAGGACUGCGAGGACGGCUCGGACGAGGUCGACUGCACGAGAAGCUGGUGCAAGGGCUACUACUGCCCGAGAAAGAGAGGCCGAGUGAACUGCGUGCACAGCCGGAAGGAGUGUAGAGCCAUCCGGAGGACGUGGCGGCAAUGGCAGAAGGAGCAGCGGUCCGUCAGGAUGAGCUCCCUCCACGCGCCCUCCCCCUCACCACCAACGGAGCAGGGGGCGGAGGAGUGUACCGAGGACAUGAUAGAGAGGUUGAAGAUCUUCUCCGUGGAGUAAAAAAGGAUUGUUUACCGAGACACUAGUAGAGUUAGAUACGCCAAAAAGCAGUUACUCAAGCAACUGGACAUGAUUUUGGAAACGGUCAGACGUUUCGAACAACAUCCGUUUUUUUUCGUCAAUGACACUUGAAAACAACGGAUGGUGUAUUUGAAACGUCUGGCUGUUUACAAAAUCAUAUCAAGUUGCUUGAGUAACUGCUUUUUGUCGUAUUUUAUUACCUUGAUGUCUAACCUUCAUCGACGUAGUAGAGUUAGAAAAUCAGACGAGAAGCUAACCACCAGUGUGUUCAUAUCUGCAAACAUCAUCGUCCUCAUCUCCAUCAAAAUUAUAAGGGUCAGGUUCGACUUCAAAAUAGCAAAACCAGAUGAUUUGGCUGGAGAUUUCUGUAAAGAAUUAUGUUACAAUCACUCAAAACGUUGCCAAUAGAAAUAGCGUUUGUAUUUAUAUAACGUUAUUCCUCUGAUCAAUUCUAAUGCAAUGAAUUCAGAAUUGGUACCUUGGAUGAACCUCGCCAACAGUUGGUGUACUGUAUAUAAUGUGUCUAUGCGGGGUGAGUCCAGUCUACCUUUAGAUGGGUGCUUAAUUACGUUCUAAGAAGCUACUCUUAAUCAAGUGAAAGAUUAGCAACUAGCUCAAUCUGUGAUAGAGCUACAUUAUCAUCAAAUACCUCCAUGAAUUUAGGAACAACAUUAUUUGUUUACAUAUUCUAUGUGGGAUUAUAUUUAGCGUUCAGUAAGAAAUGUGAAUAAAUUAAUCUACAUUGUGUUUACGGAUAGAUUGUUCCCUUAAUGAUUCAAUCAAACAGAUAUCAAGAACUACGUUAAAAAUAGCAAUAAAACUUCUCUUCUUAGCAUUUGUACUUAAAAGAAAUAGAAUCUAUAACUUACAGACUAUUCUUUUUUCUAUCAUACCUUUUCUGAAAUAGACAUAUCUAUUUCUUCUUUCUGUUUUAAACUUUGCACCUCUUGACAUUUAGGAACUCAUCGUUGGCACGAUGGUAAGCGUUUGUACUAUAUUUAGCACAAUGACUAGAAAUAGCUCGUGUCUAAAAACAGAUGACUGAAAAUGUUGCAAAGACGUGGGGGCUAUGAUUCGAUUAGAAUCGGCAGAAAUCUAAUUGUUAGAUCCUUUGACAUGUUACAACGCGGGGUUAGAAUUCUAGAGUUGCAGGUCUCUGAGUGGUAACCACUAACAGUAAAAAAGGCUGCAAUGUGGAGACAUAACCAACCAAUGGGUGAUUUGUAUGACCUAAAUAUACUAUAUAUGUUGCAUUUCUGUAAUUUCAGUUCGUUGAUAUAGCCUGUGUGAUAUCCAAAGUGAGUAUAGGUGCCAAGUUUCUUUCAUUCUCUCCCAAAAUAUUUGCAGAGGAGGAAAAAGAAGUGGCGCCUGUAAUAGGUUGGGCUAUCCAGGCUACAUUGAUAUUGAUAUAUGUGGACAUACAUAACACAUUCACAACGUAGGAUAGAAAUGACACAAACGUUUAAUGUUUGUAAGAUUUUAGCCAUGAGGUAGAUCACAUCAUAAUCAUAAAAAAUCUGUGCGUUCAUACAACUAGACUUAUUUUAAAUGUCAAGACAUAUUGACGUGUACAUUCUUGUAGAUGUUACGACGUCUGUAACCAAAUAAACACAUUUGUUACUGCA